UGGCAACAUAGUGUUUGUGUUUUGAAAUUGUAUCUGAUAUCAUCUAUUUUUUGUAUAUUUGUUUUCAAUUAAUUAACUGAAUUAAUUUCAAUUCUCCAACUUUUGUUGCGUGCAUUAUAAACUCAUGAACUUAUUAUGUUAGAUUAUUUGUGAUAAAAUGGUUUUUAAAUUAGUACGGACCGAUUCUGAAGACCCAUACAAGAUACAACUUGAUGUAGGGACGCAUUUGAUUGGAAGGGGUAAAUUUUUAAAUUGUGAUGACAAAAGAAUAUCAAGGAACCAUGGGGAGUUACAAGUUGAUGAAGACACAGUCAUUAUUAAAGCACUACACCAAAACCCUUGCUUCUACUUAAAAAAGGGCAUUGAAGAGACCCAAAUAUUAAGGCAGAAUUGUACCGUAAAUCUUUAUAAUGGGGAUAAAUUUGGAAUGUUACCAGAUUCAUGUUGGUAUGAAGUAUUAUACUGCACAAACUCUGAUGUCAGUAAACAUACACCUGAACAAGAAGUUGAUGAAUGUGAUAAGUAUACAGCAAAUACAGAGCUGGUGGAUGAUGGCAUAGACAAUAAUGAUGAUUCAAUAGAACCACGAGUAAGAAGUGAUGAGGGUGAUAUGCCAGACUCUCCAUCUCUCUUAGCAACAGUUCAGCAGUCUGUGUCAAAUCUUCAGACACAAGAGCAGUCAACAAGAGAUGAGAUAACACCAACAGAUGAUGAGGUAACACCGACAGAUGAUGAGGUAACAAACAAGAAAAAUAAUGGUACUGAUCAUCAUGCAAAUGAUGAAAAUCCUAUAAAAAGAUCACACAGUCCAACUCCAGGUGGUGAUGAUGAUUUAGCAAAAAAGGUGAAGAUUGAAGGAGACAUUAAACAAGAAGUGGAUGAUAUUAAACAAGAAACAGAUGAUGUACAGGCUGGACCUAGUAAUGAUCAAAUGGAUGCUUCUGGAUCUCACAAUAAAAAGACCCCAUCACCAUCGCCAGCAAAACCACUAAUUCCUCAGUUGCGGGAACGAUGCAUGUACGGAGCCAACUGUUACAGAAAAAAUCCUCAGCACAAAGCGCAGUUCAGCCACCCGGCGGACACGGAUUGGGGCGCGGGCGAGCGCGGCCAGUGUCCGUGGGGCCGCACGUGUCGCCGCCGCGACCCCCGCCACUGGCAGAUGCACGACCACCCGCCCGGCACGCAGCCGCCGCCGCCGCCCCACGCUCAACCAGCAGGUAGAAGGACUAAGAGAAUCAGACAUGAUAGUAAUGGUGACUCACCGGCGCAAGACCUCAUAUUACAAGGUAAAAGAGUGAGAAAGACGAUCGAUAGGCCCACAUGGAGCGAUUCUGAGUCGAACAGUGACCCAUUCCAAACAGAUGAUUCCGAUGACUGGCAACCGUCAUCGACUAAUGAUACAGAGAGUCAAUACUUCACACAAGAUAUGGACGAUUGAAUUAUGUUAUGUUGAUAUGUGAUUGUAAAAUAAUUGUUGUUUAUAAAUAUUCAAGUUUUAUGCAA